AUGGCGGGUACGGCCGGACAGAUACCUCCCACCUUCGUCGUCGAGCAUCUUGACCCCGAACUGGGACCUUGGUCAGCGCUGGAAUAUAAAUGCAUUGCCGAAGAGCUGGGCAAAGCCGGCGCAAAAUUCAUGCUCACCUCAGUCCCGAAGUCACUGCGUCUGCCCCAGAGUCUGGCAUCGCAGAGCAACUUGGGCGUCGAGCAUCAGAGCGUGGAGGAGCUUUUUGUGGACAAAAAGCCGGCUGUUUGCCUUCUAGAUCCUGCCGCUGUCACCGAGUUGUCGCCCGCUGACGGCACUGCCUUCCAGGUAUUCCUCUUUGGCGGUAUUCUUGUCUUUUGGGUAGGGGACCAUCCGCCACGAGACCGAACCUCUGAGCUGAGGAAAAAGGGCUAUGCCGCUCGUCGGUUAGGCCCCAAGCAGAUGACAACUGACACUGCCGUCAGAGUGACACGGAUAGUUACCCAGGAGAAAGCAGUGCCGUUGAGCCAGAUACCGUGGCUGGACUUCCCCGAGAUCCGCGUCGACAAGCGCGAGUCUAUCGAGAUGCCCUUUCGCUACGUAAAAGGGCCCGACGGAGAGCCAAUCAUGCCAGAAGGCAUGUCUGCUCUGAUUAAGCAAGACGCAGACAAGGCGAUAGAAGACUUACUUUAG